CCUCCUCUUCUCUCCUCAGUGUCUUUAUAAGCUUCAGUGUCUCUUCUCCUCUCACUCCAACCCUGCUCACCUCUCAGCUGGACAGUAAGGGACGUUUACAGCACACACUGACAACAUGCUGGGGACCCUGUGCACUCUCAUCACUGCUCUAACAUGUGUGAGUGCUGUGACGCUGGUGACACAGAAGCCUCCUGUUGUGACUCUGAGGAGAGGAGAGACAGCCACCAUGGACUGUAACCUGGGGACUGUGACUAACAGUGGUGCUCGUUGGUACAAACAGAUUCCAGGAGGAGUUCCUCAGUAUAUUAUAUUUUUUUAUCAUGGUGAUAGCUCUCCCUUCUAUGGCUCUGGUUUCUCCUCUCCAAAGUUCACAUCCACUCAUCAAUCACAAUCAGAUUAUCGUUUGAUCAUCAGCACUGUGGAGGAGAGAGACUCAGCAGUUUAUUACUGUAGCACAUGGGACGGCUCUGUCAAUGAGUACGUAUUCGGACAAGGCACCAAGCUGAUUGUGACGAGCUCCAGCCUCUCUCCUCCUGUCCUCACAGUCUUCCCUCCGUCCAGUGCUGAGCUCCAGUCCAACAAAGCCUCUCUGGUCUGUCUGUCCACUCAGUCUGUGCCUUUUGCAGAUGUGAGCUGGUCUGCUGCUGGGAGUCCAGUGAGCAGUGGGAUCUCUACCAGCACGGCCGUUCAGCAACCAGACCAGACUUUCCAAAUCAGCAGCUAUCUGUCCAUCCAGACGUCAGACUGGAACAUGGACAAGGUCUACACAUGUCGAGUGUCUUUGGGCUCCCAGACUUCAGAGAAAACCAUCAACAAGUCCCACUGUUCCACUGAAGACCAGUAGAGGAGCAGAGGGACCAUUUCUAAUCUGCUUCUUGACUCUUUGUGCUGUUUGCUCAUUACAAGGUUCACAUCUUACAGUAUAUGUCUGCAUGCUUGUAAUACAUGUUGUGUCUAUCUGUCCAUUAAACCUUCUCAAGUGUUAAGUUCCUCUGGGCUCCCACACCUCAGAGAAGAAUUUGAACAAAGACGAUGAAUAGAUUGAUCAGCAUUGUUUCAUACAUAACUGUUGGUGUGAACACAGCUUUGCUUUAUUGUACAUGGAUUAUUUGAAAUAAAAGCAUUCUUAAUUAGAUACAAA